GGCGCCACAGUGGGUGCUAUGGAGUGUUCUAUAUACUGUACUGUAGCUGUACCAUACUCUGUAGUGCUGACACCGGUGUAACGUUGUACUCAUACAUACUUACUUCCGCCCCACCGCCGUGUGCAAAGACUGCUUUACUUAUUAAAACAAUUCUUGGAUUCCACCUGGCACUGUAUCUUCGAUACUUUUAUUUCAACGCCGAGAGUGUACCUUACAACUGUCAGGCGAAACGCAAGAUUCGAGGCUCUGGCAGCGUUGGUCCACUCAAUGGCUCAAAACACGAUGAAUGUCGGUCAGUUGGUGGGCACGGACUUCGGCGACAAGGUGACCAAGUAUGCCGCAGCGAUGGGAGCCACCCCGGAGGAGGUGUACGGGGUAUGGAUGGGUGUAGCACAGCCAUUUCUCUGCGAUUCCACGGUACAGGCUGGUGAUCACGUGGUGAAAAACGAUUUGAAUAUUGUCGUAGCCGACACCAGCGGUAAUGCCGGCAAAUGUGCCCGUCGCUUGCAGGAGAUUCGCAAUCAGCUCCUGGAUCCACAAGAGGCUAAGCGACUGACAGAGCAGGAUAUCCAACGAGUAGUGUGCGAUCCCGUAACCGGAAAGCAGACUGCCAAUCUGGACGAGACCACUUCCAAUGGGUUAUUCGUUAUGAAACCGGAAGCCGUGGUGGACGUGCUGCAGAAUAAGGCGCUGGAGGGCAAAUAUCUGGUCAUCGGCCACACGGCGGACUCGUCCGCCGCUCAAGUGUUACCGGCCAAAUCCAAGGGACAGCAGAAGAAGGAUGCUAAAGUCAUCAAGGAAAUCGAGGGUAGGUUUGCUAGGACGUUCCGUGGAUUAAUGGACGUACGACGACGACAGACGCAGUUCCGAUUGUCGCCCGACGGUGAGAAGGCGCUCAAGGAGAUUUGUUCAAAGAAGAAGUGAUUUAUUUUUAAUGUUCGCUUCCGUUACGAUGUCGCAUGCCAGCAAGCAGCUUCCUGUCGUUAUAAAUGUUUUGCAAAUAUGAGACGUAAUAAGAGUGUCUAAUACCCAUAAGUAACGCAUUAUGGAAUAUUAAAGUGAACGCUGCGGAGA